AUGCUUCUCAAACGCCCAAAGUCAUUACAACUACAUAAGCAACUACAGCAGCAACAACCAGUAGAAAACAACAAUAGACACCCAAAGCGGAAACGUACAGUAAAACGCUAUAUCAUUGACGACGAAGAGGAUUGCGAACAAAGCGACGAUUCCGAUUUCGAGAACGAUCAUGGAGCGAAACGACGAUUGACGCUGGGGGAUCUUUCCAAUGCACCACCACUCAAGAACCCACUAUCGCGUAUACCCAAAGACUAUGAUCCAAAGGCUAUCCUUACACAGAAAUUCAAGGUGCCCAUUGCCAAUGGUACCAGCAGCAGCAGUUCGAGUGACUUUAAUGGCGGCUUUCGACGGACGUUGGGUAUGCGACGACGACCUGCGAAUAUGAAUCGACUCUUGUAUGACCCCAAUGCAGACGACGUUAUUAUCUUGUGGGACCCCAAAGAUGAUGAAACCAUUCCGUUACCAGCGAAGCCAGCAGCAGCAGAGCCGACAAAACAAUCAGAGAAGGAUGAGGAACCACCCAAACAACAAAAGAUACCCGGCAAAUCACUCUCUGAGAUCCUUGGACUGAAGAAGCAAGAGAGCAAAAAAGCACCUGUCAUGCUUGAUCCAGUCUUGACAAGAAUCUUACGGCCUCAUCAGCUCGAAGGUCUCAAGUUCCUUUAUCGUUGUACCACAGGCAAGGUGCAUCCGGAAGCAUUUGGAUGUAUCAUGGCAGAUGAAAUGGGAUUGGGAAAAACACUGCAAUGCAUUUCUCUUGUGUGGACUCUAUUACGGCAAUCAGGUGAAAUGGGCAAGCCAACUAUAGAAAAGGCCAUUGUCACAUGUCCUUCAAGUCUUGUGCGCAACUGGGCAAACGAAUUUGUCAAAUGGCUUGGUGAAUCACGUGUACGACCACUGGUUAUUGAUAAUGCCGGCAGCAAAGAAAAGAUCACAGCAGUCAAGAGAUGGUCCGCAGCACAAGGCCAAAUUGUCAAUCCAGUUCUCAUCAUAUCCUAUGAAACGUUGCGUUCCUAUACCAAGUACUUGAAAAAGUCGCCCAUUGGCCUCUUGCUAUGUGACGAAGGUCAUCGCUUAAAGAACGGAACCUCCUUGUUGUUUCAGGAACUGAAUAGCUUGCCUGUGCGGCGACGUGUCAUUCUUUCAGGCACUCCGAUUCAGAACGAUUUGAGCGAGUAUUAUUCCUUAUUUGACUUUGCCAAUCCUGGUCUUCUUGGUACCCCUAGCGAAUUCAGACGCAACUUUGAGACACCUAUUCUUCGUGGUCGUGAUGCAGAUGCAACUGAAAAGGAGCGCCAAAUCAGUGAUGAUAAGGUGGCCGAGUUUUGGGGUAUCGUGUCCAAGUUUACCAUUCGACGCACAAAUGACAUUCUCACCAAAUACUUGCCUAUCAAGUUUGAACAUGUCGUGUUUACAAAAUUGGCGCCAUUACAACGAAGCAUAUAUGAUGUGUUCCUUACAUCGCCUGAUAUCAAGCGUUUAUUACGUGGCCAAGGCAGUCAGCCUUUAAAGGCUAUCACCAUGUUGAAAAAGUUAUGCAACCAUCCUGGGCUUCUCAACCUACCUGAUGAAUUGGAAGGAUCUGAGGAUGUAUUACCUGCUGGCUAUCAUCAAUCGGGACGCCACGUGUCCGUCAACCCCGAGUAUUCAGGGAAAUUCAUGCUACUUCAAAGAAUGCUUGCCAAGAUUCGGAAAGAAACCAAGGACAAGAUUGUCAUUGUGAGCAACUAUACACAGACACUGGACCUUAUCCAAAACUUUUGCCAGCAAAAGCAGUAUGGCGCAUUACGACUCGAUGGUACAAUGACGAUUCAAAAGCGGCAAAAGCUCGUGGAUCAAUUCAAUGACCCUGAAGGCGAUGAAUUUGUGUUUCUCUUAAGCAGCAAAGCUGGUGGUUGUGGUUUGAAUUUGAUCGGUGCAAAUAGACUCAUUCUCUUUGAUCCUGAUUGGAAUCCUGCUGCUGAUCAGCAAGCUUUAGCACGUAUUUGGCGAGAUGGACAAAAGAAAGACUGUUUUAUCUAUCGCCUUAUUGCAUCAGGUACCAUUGAAGAGAAGAUCUUUCAACGCCAAUCACAUAAGCAAUCCAUUUCAAAUUGUGUGGUGGACGAGGCAACUGACACGGAGCGACAUUUUUCUUUGGCUGACAUGCGGCAAUUGUUUCAACUCAAUACCGAAAGCGAGUGUGAAACGCACGACACCUUCAAAUGCAAACGAUGUAUCCAAGGAAAGCAAUUCCGACAGGCCGAUGCCAUGCAAUAUGGAGAUGCUAGCACAUGGGACCAUUAUGAUAAGGACAUGCUGAAACUUCCCGAUCCUAUGCUGAGAGAAGAAGCUGGCAAAGGAGUUGUAUCAUACGUCUUUGAAUUCAUUUCACACAUGAAGUAG